AUGUCGGCGUGCAAAUCCAAGUUCCUACUAUGGCGACGAGUGAAACGCAAGCAAAGAGUGGACACAGUAAUCAGACAAAAGGCAGCGGCUCUAGGGGUUUCGCCUGCUGAUCAGGAGACUGUUAGCAGCCAAAUUGUUCUUUCAUCUACAACAUAUAAGCCAAUGGAAUGCAGCACUGUGUUCGUGAACCCAGAGAUAUCGAAUGCAGUCAUAGCAGAGUGGGAAUACUACAAAAUGGCAGCAGGUGUUCCAUCGAGUACAACAACUUAUGCAAAGUGGAGAUUAUAG